AUGGGAGCAACCUGGUUGCAUGGUGUCUGCAACGAGAAUCCAUUGGCAUCUUGGAUUGGAAGACUUGGUCUACCAAUUUAUCGAACUUCUGGUGACAAUUCUGUCUUGUAUGAUCAUGACUUGGAGAGCUACGCACUCUUUGAUGGUGAUGGACAUCAAGUGCCUCAAGAUCUAGUGGAAAAAGUUGGUAAGGUGUUUGAAACCAUUCUGGAAGAGGCUAACAAACUCAGGUAUGAAACAAAUGAAGACAUGUCUAUAGCACAGGCUAUUAAGCUAGUCAUGGAGAGGCAUUCAAUAUGAUGCAUUAUUAAUGAAUUAAGUCUACUUUAUGAGAUUUUAGAUUUUUUUAUUAUUCAUAGGCAUUUAGUUUAGAUCAAGUGACAUUUCUUUAUCUUCUUCUUACAGGUGGAGUUUGA